CUGGAGACAGGAAAGAUGAGCGAGUGGAGCUCAAAGUCCAGCCAGCCCUUGGCUUUUUCCAAGCAGGAAAAGGACAACGCUGAGAAGCCAGGGUGGGGCAGGCAGCGCAAGCGGCCUCCGAAGGAGCCCAGCAAAGUGCCAACACCUAAGAGACCUCGGGGGCGACCGAAGGGGAACAAAAACAAGGGUGCUGCCAAGACCCGGAAAACCACCACAACUCCAGGGAGAAAACCAAGAGGCAGACCCAAAACACUUGAGAAGGAGAAAGAAGUGGGCAUCGCGGAGGAGUCCUCAGAGGAGCAGCAGUGACCUCGCCUCUGUGCCACGGGCUCCCUCGCUGAGUACCAGUUUCGUUCUGGGACUGGACAGCUCCGCUCCGCACCCACGGCUCCCACCCUUCCCCCGGGCCCACGGAUCCCCGCCACCCACCUGCACCCUCACCGCCACACUACACCGCACACCAGCCGCUGGGGGGCCCCCGGGGCGGAGUGGGAAGCAGCUUUCCUUUGAUUUCAAUUCCCAGAGACCCCGCUCAUCCACACGCCACACCUGCCCCCUGGACAAAGUGGACUUCUCACUUCACCCCUCCCUGCACUGCUGAUCCCCACUCCCUCAGCGGUGGGGACAUUGCUGGCUGGGCUCUUGGUCUGG